AUGUCGAAUUACAGCGGUCGGCACGGCCCCAAUGUGUCGCAAUACCUUCGCGACCUCAACACCAUCAGCCCUCAGGCGGAUAUUCUGGAAGAGAGCAGCUUAAACUUCGAGGAGGACCUGAAUAUCUUCACAAACACCCAGUUCUUCGACAUCGACUCAGGCCAGAACACCGACUUCCAAGCUCAGCCCGCCAAGCCUGAAGGCAAGGCUCCCCACAGUGGCACCACAUCUGAGGAUGUAAGCGCUGCACCCUCAGUGAUCGGUGAAAUGCCCAACUUGGAUUUCAUGUCCGACUUUACCUUCCCAGAGUUCAACAACACUACCACAUAUGCGGCGCCCCACAUGAACAACUUCUCUGAACAGGGCUUCGCGCCCCUGCAGCCAAACCAUGGCCACGUACAGGUUCCUCCUCAUCAUGCGCGGUUCCAUCAGGCACCCCCACAGGUUGGCGAGAAGCGCAAGUCAGAGUCUCUGAACCAGGAAGAGGCUGCUAGAAUGGCUGCCGAAGAGGACAAGCGGAGGAGGAACACUGCUGCCAGUGCCCGCUUCCGUAUCAAGAAGAAGCAGCGCGAGCAGGCUCUGGAGAAGUCCGCCAAGGAGAUGUCUGACAAGGUUUCCAACCUUGAGAGCAAGGUGUCUCAGCUUGAAACCGAGAACAAGUGGCUGAAGAACCUCUUGGUCGAGAAGAACGAGGGCAACGAGGACAUUGUUGCUCUGUGGAAAGAAUUCACCAAGCACGCCAGUGACAAGAGCAAGGCCGCAUCCGCUGAAUCAAGUAGCGGCGAGAAGAUCAAAGGAGAGCAGUGA